GAAUUUGGCCAGAAAAGUAUCAUCCAGUAUCAAUUUGAAGUUAGAGGAUUUUUCGACUGAGAAACGAUCGGUGAAGUUUAGCUCAACCGAGAGAUUAAGGCGGUCGUCUUCCUCUCUUUUUCGCCGCCCAUCAUCCUCAUCCUCCUCUUCUGAUCUUAUUGACUCCUAUUCUCCUAUCACUAGGUCUCACUUCACUCGACUUCUCUGUUUGGCGGCUCACGGCAGCUGAAGAUGGGGGAAUUAGCAGUUGAUAACCAUGUUGAAUACAUUUUAUCAGUUCGAAAGAGGAAGGAUAGUUUUGAAUCUUUGGUGAUGGAGCACUUGACAAUGAGUGGAGCAUACUGGGGAUUGACCUGUAUAGAUCUUUUAGGAAAGCUUGAUGUAGUUGAUUCAGAAGAAGUAACUGAAUGGAUCAUGCAAUGCCAACAUGAAUCUGGUGGGUUUGCUGGUAACAUUGGACAUGACCCUCAUGUUCUGUACACCCUUAGUGCUGUACAAGUUUUAGCUCUUCUGAACAAGCUAAAUGUUCUUGACAUCGAUAAAGUUUCAAACUUUGUUGGACUGCAAAAUGAAGAUGGAUCCUUUUCUGGGGACAUGUGGGGUGAAAUUGAUACACGGUUCUCUUAUGUUGCUAUAUGUUGUCUCUCUUUAUUGCAUCGUCUGGAUAAAAUAAACGUGGAGAAAGCUGUGAACUACAUCUUAAGUUGCAAAAAUGUGGAUGGUGGAUUUGGAUGCUCUCCCGGUGGGGAAUCUCAUGCUGGACAAAUUUUUUGUUCUUUGGCUGCCCUUGCUAUUACGGGGUCUCUUCAUCUUGUUGACAAGGACCUCCUUGGGUGGUGGUUAUGUGAGCGGCAAGUCAAGUCUGGAGGUCUAAAUGGCCGCCCUGAAAAACUUCCUGAUGUUUGCUACUCAUGGUGGGUUCUCUCUAGCUUGACUAUGAUUGACAGAGUUCAUUGGAUUAACAAGGAAAAGCUUGUUAAAUUCAUCUUAAACUGUCAGGACAAAGAAAAUGGAGGGAUUUCAGAUAGACCUGAUGAUGCUGUGGAUGUGUUCCAUACAUUUUUUGGAAUUGCUGGUCUUGCCCUUCUUGAAUAUCCUGGUUUGAAGGCCGUAGAUCCAGCUUACGCUAUGCCAGUUGAUGUUUUAAAUAGGAUUUUCUUUGGGAAGUGACUGUCAUUAGAUGGCAAUCUUCAACAUUGACAUCAUGAAAUCAUUUUCAUUUCAUAAACUAAAGUUGCUCUGCACUGUACCCCUGAUCUAUUUGGAUUUACAUGGAGUAUUUCAGAAACCUAUCACACAUUUAAUAUGGUUAUUUAAAACAAGAUAAAUUCACUUUGAA